ACAUGAGAUUCAACUUCGUUGGGAUUAGAACCAACUGUAACCCCACUUCGCUGACUACACCUAGGCUCACCAAAAAUGGCGGGAAAAUGUUGACCCUCAGUUCUUUUGUACUCGGAACCCUAUGAAAGACCCUAGAAUUUCCCAUCAACAUCUGAUGAAUCGCUCAUGCUUAUAGUCUCCAAUCUCCGUGCAUUCCACCGUAGCUCCGUCCUUUCAACCCUAUUCGUCGUCCCGAAAAACCCUAGGUUCAUAAUCCGAUUGGAGUUUUCUUCAAUGGCAUCAUCGAAGGUCGUAGCGGAGUAUGCGAAGUCGGGUCGUUCUUCAUGCAAGAAAUGCUCGAAGAAGAUCGACGCGAAUGCUUUGAGGUUGGGUUCAGUGAGCAGAGACGAGCGAGGGUUCGACAUGACCAAAUGGCACCACUUGAACUGCUUUCCCAUGAAAUCGGAGUCGAUUGCCUCACCAGAGGCGAUCAAAGGGUUCUCUUCGCUGAAGAGUGGUGAUCAGGAAAAUUUGAAGAAAUUGCUUGAUGAAAGUGCUCUCUCUACAGAAAAGGUUGCCAUGGGAGAUGAAGAUGCUAUUGAAGGAAGCAAAGAGAGAAUUUCUAAGCAACCGAGGGUGAAGAAAUCGGUUCAUAAAACAGAUGAAGGUGAAAAUGAUGACCUGGAAGAUAAGAGUUCAAAGAAAACAAAGUUGUCUACACCUACUGAAGUAGCUGAGCCAAACAUAUCCUUUUCAAUUUCUGAUACCAAGGAUAAGUAUAAGGAUGCGACAUUAUUACCAAAGUGGAAGGCAUUUCAGACAGUCAUAUUUCUUGAACGGGACGAUGGCCUUCGUGAUUCAGAAAAAAUUGCUGCAUUUGAUUUUGAUGGGUGUCUUGUGAAUACGUCUGUGAAAAGAGUUGGUCCAGAUGCUUGGUCUCUUAUGUAUCCUUCAAUACCAGAGAAGCUGCAGGGCCUGUAUACUGAAGGCUACAAGCUGGUGAUCUUCACUAAUGAAUCUAACAUUGAUCGCUGGAAGAAUAAGAGACAGGUAGCUGUGGACUCAAAAAUUGGACGCCUCAACAAUUUUAUCAAGCAUGUGACUGUCCCAAUUCAGGUUUUCAUAGCUUGUGGAAUAGGUAAAUCUGAUGGCAAAGCAGAGGAUCCCUUCCGCAAACCAAAGCCUGGGAUGUGGCAUCUUAUGGAGCAGCACUUCAACUCUGGCAUUUCAAUUGAUAUGGAUCAAUCAUUUUAUGUUGGUGAUGCGGCUGGGAGAAAAGAUGACCAUAGUGAUGCUGACAUCAAAUUUGCACAGGCUGUUGGGUUGAAGUUUUAUGUUCCUGAGGAAUACUUCGAUGUGAAUCUUCAUGUCAAUCAGAAACUAAGGAAAUUUUGCAAAGUGCUCACUGGAAAUCACCCAUGUCAGGUUUUCAUAGCUUGUGGAAUAGGUAAAUCUGAUGGCAAAGCAGAGGAUCCCUUCCGCAAACCAAAGCCUGGGAUGUGGCAUCUUAUGGAGCAGCACUUCAACUCUGGCAUUUCAAUUGAUAUGGAUCAAUCAUUUUAUGUUGGUGAUGCGGCUGGGAGAAAAGAUGACCAUAGUGAUGCUGACAUCAAAUUUGCACAGGCUGUUGGGUUGAAGUUUUAUGUUCCUGAGGAAUACUUCGAUGUGAAGUGAGCAUCUGGUUCUUGGAUUCUGAUUCAUGAAAUUCCAGUCAAAUCUUUUUGGCAAUCAUACUAUGCUGAUUGUAAGGACAUGUUUCAGCAUACGGUGGUGAUUUUGGGAAGUCAUUGUAAAUACUACUUUCUCUGAAAAUUUGUGAAUUGUUUUAAGCUCACUCUCACUCUCACACACAGGUGUGCAUGAGUUCUCAUGGAUGAACUGUAACUAGCCCACUAGGAAGUUUUGCACGCGUUGCUUUUGAUAUGCCAUCGUUCUAAUCAUUAAGAAUCCUUUUGUUUAACCUAAA